AUGUGGGCUCGAAACUGGAGAUACCUCCCCUGGGGAUCCUCAUGCCUCUGGAUCUCGCCCAUCCGAAGCAUGAGGCGGUCCCUGGCCACUCUGGGGAGCAGUGGACCCAGGCCAGUGCCUCUCUCCUACAAGCUGCUGGAUGGUCAGGACACCCUCCCCCCUGUCGUCUUCUUGCACGGGAUAUUUAGCAACAAAAACAUCUUCCAGGCUGAAGCUAAAACCCUGGCCCAGCAGACAGGCAGGAAGGUAUUGACAAUGGACGCCCGGAACCACGGAGAGAGUCCCCAUAGUCCUGACUGCAGUUACGAGGCCAUGAGCGCCGACCUGCAGGCUCUCCUACAAAAGCUAGGACUCGCGCCCUGCGUCCUCAUCGGGCACAGCAUGGGAGGCAAGACAGCCAUGAUGUUAGCCCUACAGAAGCCAGAGCUGGUGGAACGCUUGGUCUCAGUGGACAUCAGCCCCUUCGUGAGCCCAAACAUGCCGAAUGUCUUUAAAAUCAUAUCUUUAAUGGAGUCUCUAAACAUCCCUGGAGAUCUUUCCCACUCCCAAGCCUUUAAAUUACUCCAUGAGUAUCUGGAGCCAUUCACUGAGGAUUUGAGCAUUCGGCAGUAUCUGUUCAAUAGCCUGGUACGGAUCGAUGGGCAGUAUGUAUGGAAAGUCAAUGGUGAAAACCUGCAGCAGCAGAAACACCAGCUUCUGGAUACUCUCCAAGUCCAGGGAGUUUAUCGUGGCCGCACACUCUUCCUAAGGGACACCCAUUCGUCCUUCCUCCCGUCAAGUCAUUACUCCAAGAUCAAGCUCCUGUUCCCUGAAGCCCAGUUCCAGGACAUCCCUGAUUCUGGCCACAUCACCCAUAUCAAGAAGCCCCAAGAGUUCAUGAACAGUAUCCUAAGUUUCCUGUCCUAGAAGACAUCCCCUCUCCUCACACCACAUUCACAACUUCCACACACUCAAGAGAGCCACAGACACUUCCUUCACUUGAAAUCUUUCUUUAAGGAAAAAAAACAAAACUUUUUCCUAAUUCAGAACUGAACACACACCAAACAUCUCAGUGGGCAAAGAAUAAGAGAAAAAAAAGAGAACUGUGAAAAUUGUGAACCUCUGUUUUGAACCACUUAGGUUGUUUUUAAUCACAUGAUA